CACCCAAGAUUUAGAUAUAGCUUUGUCUUUGUUGUUUGGAUAGAUGCAAGAUGAACAGUUCUUCAAGACUUUAAAUUCUUUCAAGCGCUUGGCUUUAUUUAUUAGUUUCAUUUUCUCAAUUUGUGAAACAAGUCUUGGUGUUGGAAGUAUAAUAUCAAUUUCAUCAUUUUCAUUGGCUUUAGGAAAGAUCGUACUAAAACAAUCAAAUUUAUCUUUGUAAUAUAAUUCUCUUGCAUUUUGAGGUGACCUUUGUCAACCAAAAGAAUGUUUUAGUUAUUGUGCCAUUCAUAGACACUAUUCUUUAAUGGAGACUCUCUGCAUUGAUCAGAGACAACUCAU